CGGGAACAUUCGGCGUCGGCUGCUCCCUCCAUCUCUCCAUCUCUCUCUCUCUCUCUCUCUCAAAGCAGAACAGGUGCUCCACGGGAGCCCGCCGCCGCUUCGAACCCUAACGUGCUAAACCCCUCGGCGCCGCAGGCUGAAGCAGCAAACCCCCACCGCCUCCAACUCUCUCUCCUGCCGCCUACACACUCCUCGCCGCCGCCAUGUCGAUCGCAGCCCAGACCGUCGACAUCCUCGGCGAGCGCCAGUCCGGCCAGGACGUCCGCACUCAGAACGUGAUGGCGUGCGGGGCGGUGGCCAACAUCGUCAAGUCCUCGCUCGGUCCCGUUGGGCUCGACAAGAUGCUGGUGGAUGAUAUCGGUGAUGUUACAAUCACAAACGAUGGAGCUACUAUACUGAAGAUGUUGGAAGUCGAGCACCCAGCUGCAAAGGUUCUUGUUGAGUUGGCUGAGCUCCAAGACCGGGAGGUAGGAGAUGGAACAACAUCUGUUGUGAUCAUCGCUGCAGAGUUGCUCAAGAGAGGCAAUGAUCUUGUGAAAAAUAAAAUCCAUCCCACCUCUAUUAUUAGUGGCUACAGGCUUGCCAUGCGUGAAGCUUGCAAGUAUGUUGAAGAGAAGUUGGCGACCAAGGUUGACAAACUUGGGAAAGAUUCCCUUAUAAACUGUGCGAAAACAAGCAUGUCCUCAAAAUUGAUUAAUAGUGACACUGAUUUCUUUGCAAGUCUGGUUGUAGACGCAGUUCAAGCUGUCAAGACUACAAAUGCUAAGGGAGAAGUGAAGUAUCCAAUCAAGAGCAUUAAUAUUUUGAAAGCUCAUGGUAAAAGUGUCAAGGAUAGUUACCUGUUGAAUGGCUAUGCACUAAACACUGGCCGUGCGGCUCAAGGAAUGCCUACUAGAGUCACCCCUGCUAAAAUUGCUUGUCUUGAUUUUAACCUUCAGAAGACAAAAAUGCAACUGGGUAUUCAAGUUCUCGUAACUGAUCCAAGGGAACUUGAGAAGAUCCGUCAGAGAGAAUCUGACAUCACAAAGGAGAGAAUUGAGAAAAUUCUUAAGACUGGAGCUAAUGUUGUGUUCACCACCAAAGGAAUCGAUGAUAUGUCGCUAAAGUACUUCGUUGAGGCUGGAGCAAUUGCAGUAAGGCGUGUGCGGAAGGAGGAUUUGCGCCAUGUUGCCAAGGCCACUGGUGCAACUAUGGUGACUACUUUUGCUGACAUGGAAGGUGAAGAAACAUUUGAUUCAUCAUUCCUUGGACAUGCUGAUGAAGUCGUGGAGGAAAGAAUUGCUGACGAUGAUGUUAUUCUGGUGAAAGGCACGAAGAAUACCAGCGCGGUCUCCAUAAUACUUAGAGGAGCGAAUGACUUCAUGCUUGAUGAGAGUGAGCGGUCUUUGCAUGAUGCCUUGUGCAUUGUAAAGAGAACCCUGGAAUCCAAUAUGGUUGUUGCUGGUGGUGGUGCAGUUGAAGCUGCAUUGUCAGUGUACUUGGAGAAUCUUGCAACAACCCUUGGAUCUCGGGAACAACUGGCAAUUGCCGAAUUUGCGGAAUCUUUGUUAAUCAUACCAAAGGUACUCUCUGUUAAUGCUGCAAAAGAUGCGACUGAGCUUGUAGCAAAGCUUAGGGCAUACCAUCAUACAGCUCAAACAAAGGCUGAUAAGCAACAUUUUUCAAGCAUGGGUCUUGACCUUUCGAAAGGUAUCAUUCGCAACAACCUUGAGUAUGGUGUGAUUGAACCAUCAAUGAGCAAAGUAAAGAUUAUUCAGUUCGCCACUGAGGCAGCCAUUACUAUCCUGAGGAUUGAUGACAUGAUCAAGCUUACCAAGGAAGAGAGUGGUAACGAAGAGUAGCCAGCUCACCAGUCGGAAUAGUUAUGUGAUGGUUGGUUGUCAUAGCGUGUAUUUUGUUUGUUUGUUUGAUGACAUUCUCUUGGGAUGCUGUAUGAAAUUGCGAAUUUAUGUGCAUCCCUGUGGGAUGACCUUGUUUGGAAGAGGACAAACCACGAUUCGGGAAGCAAGUUGUGUACUAUUAGGCCAAAACAGCUCCAAUUUUCAGAACAUUUGUUAGGUUCCGCCAUAAGAGAAACUGGUGUGUGUGAGUGUACGAUGAUCUGGGAAUGAGAACAACGAGAACGUAUCUGAUGAAGUCUGCGCACGGCG